AGCUGUCACAUCAGUUGAUUAUGCCACGUUAAAUCCUCGACAUAAUAUGCAUAUAUCAAACAUCCAUAGAAUCGAACUCGAGUCAAUCCACUCAAAAACUUUGUUGAGAAGAAAUGUUCCCUUAUAAAACCACGUGACAGGUCAAAUUUAGAUUAAAAUCAAAUAUUAAAGCAAAAUAAUGCAGAGAAAACGGACACGUGGAUAUUACGGUGAUACUGUGGAAUUUGGAUCGCAUAUUUUACCCGUAGCUAGAAUGAGGAAACUUACAAUGUCAAAUUCUGUCAAAUAUGUUGUGUUGCUAGUAAUAGUUUAUAUUGUUUAUUCUGUAUAUCAAAAGGAAUCAAAUUCUAAAGCCGAAAAAGACUUCCGACAGGACAAAGAACGAAAUAAACAAACUGCACUUGAUCCGCUUGACAACGAAAAUGAUGAUGAAAUCGUCAGAGGAGAAAUAGAUAGACGUGUCAAACAAGAAAUAAAGCGAGUGUUUGAAGAGAUCCAACACCAGCAAGAAGAAAAAGUAAACAAAGUUGAAAAUGAGAAACAUGAUGUGUUCAAAGAUUAUAAAGAUGUUUUAGACAAAGUUAAAAACGGUCAAGGUGAAAUUAAUGAAAAGCAAGAUUGGCAAAACAACGGCGAAAAUGAUUUAAACAACGUCGUUGACAAGGGUACUAAGGGAUUCAAUAACAAAGAUGUAUUUUACGACAACAAAAAUGCUGACAUUCUUGAAGAAGAAAAUGAUGAUGAAAUGUUUGACGUAGAAGAAGACGAAGAGAAGGAAAAAGAAGAACUUGAAGUUGAGAAAGAAAUUGAGGAGCGUUUAGCGGAAGCGUUUAAGGAUGCUAUACACGAGGCGGCUGAAGAAGUACAAAAGGAAAAUGACGUUGGCGCAGACGACAACGUUCAAGAAGUUGUACAACCUGAUAUUGCCAAAAACGUUGAUCACAUGGAAAACGUACACGUUCCAGAAAUACAGCAAGUUUUCCAGAAGAAAGAAGAGUUUCAUUAUGCUGUGAGAAACAUAGGAAAUAAACUGAACCCACAUCAAAUUCAAAUUAUGAACGAAAAGGCUCGCCGCGAUGCUCUAAAACAAGACGAUGACCAUGAGUUUCCUCCCUUUGUUACAGCUGUAAGGGCGACAACUGUAAAAGAAGUUAUACAACUCAUUGCUUCUGUUCAAGAAUUUUUUCCAGGCAGGAAAAUAUACGUAUAUGACCUAGACCUUGACAAAGAUACUAAGCGAAAGCUGAUGUCAUAUUGUGGAGUGAAGAUGCGGUUCUUUAUGAAAGAUAUCUUUCCGAGCUAUGUUAAAGACUUGGACAAUCUCCAUUGGAAACCCCUUGUUAUGCAGACAGCCCUCGCAGAGUUUGGUCAUAUGAUAUGGGUCAACCCACGGUACCGUUUAACCACCCAGGAGAUUGCGCCACUGAUUCACGAGUCACACGAGACCGGUAUUCUAGCAGUUGGGCAGAGUACAGCCUAUACAACGUUUGCAGCCACCCACCCGGACAUGAUCAAAUUCAUUCCUACAAAUAUAGAAAAAUUAUCACGUGAACUGCAUUUUGAAAUACGCGCCAUUUUUAUUCAUAAUACACCGGAAGUGCAUGAAAAUAUCAUGAAAGUUUUCACCGCAUGCGCAAUGGAAGAUUCGUGUUUGGCUCCGAAUGGUGCAAAGUGGGCAUGUAGAUUCGAUUUUACCGGACGAAAACCAGCUGGGUGUCAUAGAUUUGAUGAAUCCGCUCUUAACAUACUUUUGAAAAAUUGGUUUGACUUUGAUAUGAGUAAAUAUGCAAGGAGAAAUAAUUACUUUGUACGUUAUGACAGUUCAUUCAGACCAGCACUUAAAACUUGCAGGGAUCCAACAGACAUUAAUUAAAGAUAAGGAGUUGUAAAAAGUAUGCAUGCAAAUAAACACAUAAUAUAUAACUUCCAUUUGUACACGAUAAUCAAAUACUGUUUACAGACUUGCAGGAUAUUUUUGUUAAACUGUAUUAUUAAGAGAUUCGUACAAUAUAGUUAAGUUUUUAAUCGUUGAGUGCACAAAAGUAGAAAAGCAAUACAAUGUCUCUGAUUUAAAUGUCAUCCAUCAAAUUGAUGCGUUCACAUAUUUUUUUGAAGAAAUUUGUUUUUAUGUAAGAAAUUCAUAACUUGCUUCAUUACCUUUUCAUUAUAAAAAAUGAAAACCAACUUAUUUUUAUGACAGUAUAAAACACGGACUUAUUAUCUGAUUUUUCCUACAGUAAUUUGUCUUUGUUUAUUAUAGAAAUAUAGUUUUUCACCGUCAAA